UGGCUCACAUCAAAAUCAGCUGUCACUAACUUCAGUACGUUCUGUCAGAUUCAAAUCAAUCAAAUUCAUCAGUUUUGGUUUUUCUGUUUUCUAAAUUUUGAUUUUGUUUAAUUUUACUUUAUUUUUGGUGAACGCUUUGAAAAUUACAGGAGAACUAAAGCAAAAUGCCGGUAUACUGUUCUGUUCCACAAUGUACGACGAAAGGUACAGGUGGGAUGCACCGAUUUCCUGCUGAUCCACAACUGAAACGGAAGUGGAUGGAUGUAACAAGAACGCAACAUCUGCAAGAUUCCAAAAGCUGUAGAAUUUGUCGCAAGCAUUUCAAAGAUAGCGAUUUAUUAAUCGACCAGGAUGGAAAAAGAAUAUUAGCCCCGAAUGCAGUGCCCAGUUUGUGUUUACCAAUGUCAUUUAUCUGGGAUCAUUCAUAUCAUGUGGUCGGUCCACCAAAAAAACGACAUUUUAAGCGAUUGAAGAUAACUGGUCCAGGGGCUAACAUCUCAGAUGAUAACAUUGGAAAUGAAAUUGAAGUUGGCGCAGCCAGGCCAGACAAAAGUGCUAGUGUCGGUUCUUACAAAGACAUGGAAUUUUUACGGUCGUUGGAAGAGAAAAUACUUCAACAGAAAAAGGAAAACUUGGCACUAUCACGGAGACUAAAGAAUAAAACCGCACAAUUGAAAAGACUUCAACGGAAAUCGAAAACUCACAAAUUAGACGAUGGUCAAGUGUUGGCAUAUCUCAGUAAUGUUAAAAAGUACAGCAGUGCUCAAAUUCAGUUUACCGAGAUGCAACUUCGAAAUUCUAGUCGAAAUCCUCACGGUCGAAGAUAUAAACCGAAAGAGAAGAGUAUGUGUUUGGCCAUGUACAAAAGUGGACCUAGAUCAUACCGGUUUAAGGAAAACAACAAAAUCAUGGUGCUUCCAUCUUUAAGCACUCUGACCCGGCAUAGUGCGAAGAUGAUCUUUCGUACAGGUAUCGUACCCCAGCUAUUUUCGUUUAUAAAAGAAAAAGUGAAGGAUUGGACGGAAAAGGAACUAUUAUGUUCCUUUGGCUUUGAUGAGACUGCGUUGAAGUCAAUACUGGAAUACAGCAGCACCGAUGAUGAAAUUAUUGGAUUCGUUGAAAUGGGUGGAAUCAGGCGACCCAUAUUUGCAACGCACUCAUUAACCUUUAUGGUACGAGGCAUAUACCGUCCAUUCAAACAACCGGUAGCUUAUUUUUACACCCACGGUCUGAAGUCACAUGAAUUGGCUGAGCUCAUCUUACUUGUGUUAGAGGCUGUUUUUUCCACUGGCCUCAAUGUUAUACAUUCUGUGAGCGACCAGGUGGUAACCAACGAAUCAGCUAUACAUCGCUUGAUGGAUCGCCACUUUGUAAGAUCUCCCGGUUGUUUGUUAAAAUACAAGGUUUGUGACAAAACUAUAAUACACGGUUACGAUGCACCACAUUGGCUUAAAGUUGUCCGCAACAACUUGCAAGUCAAAAACUUCAAACAUUUUAUAAGUGAACGAUGGAACAUAUCUACCCCAAAAAUUUACGGAAAAUCACAAGUGGCUUCAUGGGAUGACGUCGAAAGCGUUUAUGAUCAAGACAAAACUGGAUGCCCCCGUCUCUUGCCAAACAUAAACGGUGAACACAUAAAGCCGGAGAGACUUAAAAUGAAAGAAUUAGCCAGUACGUUUUAUUUAAAGAAGACCCGCAUCCGUAAGCACUCUGAUAUAUUUAAAACUUAA